AUGAAGCCUUUUACUGCAUAUCCUUCUGGGUUUAUCGUAUUCCUGUUUGCCUUGCUGCAGCGGAGCCAUGGACAAUGCAAAGAAGCAGCUAAAAAAUCAGAGAUGAAUUUGAGUGUAAAAUAUGAUCUUCCUAACUUCAUCACAGAAACGCCAAUUCAGAAUGUGGUUUUAUACAAGCAUCAUGUUUAUAUUGGAGCAGUCAACAAGAUUUAUGUACUAAAUGAAACUCUCCAGAACAUUUCUGUGUACAAGACUGGGCCCGUUUUGGAGAACCCUGACUGCGCGCCAUGCGAAGACUGCAAAGAUAAAGCCAAUUUAUCUAACAGCGUAUGGAAGGAUAAUGUCAACAUGGCACUGCUCUUAGAAACUUAUUAUGAUGAUCAGCUCAUCAGCUGUGGUAGUGUGUCCGGAGGUGUCUGCCACCGUCACAUCAUUCACCCUGACAACCCUGCUGAUAUCGAAAGCGAGGUGCACUGCAUGUAUUCACCCCGGGCGGAAGGAGAAGCAGAUAAUUGUCCUGACUGUGUUGUAAGCACUUUAGGAACCAAAGUUUUGGUGACCGAAAAGGACAGGUUUGUCAACUUCUUUGUUGGAAAUACUGUGACAUCUACGUUUCAGCCUCCUCAUGUGCUGCAUUCAAUAUCGGUCAGAAGGUUAAAAGAAACACAGGAUGGUUUUGAGUUUCUCACAGAUCAGUCUUAUAUAGAUAUCCUCCCUCAGUUCCGCGACUCAUAUCCCAUUAGGUAUGUCCAUGCCUUUGAAAAUGAUCACUUUGUCUAUUUUUUGACUGUCCAGAGAGAAUCUCUCGACUCCCAGGCUUUUCAGACUAGAAUUAUCCGCUUCUGCACUUUAGAUUCAGAGAUGCGUUCUUACAUGGAAAUGCCUCUUGAGUGUAUUUUUACCGAAAAGCGGAGGAAGAGGUCCAUCCGAAAGGAGGUAUUCAACAUUUUGCAAGCUGCCUACGUAAGCAAGCCAGGUGCAGCUCUAGCCCACGAAAUGGGCCUUGGGUUGAACGAUGAUAUUCUCUAUGGCGUUUUUGCACAAAGCAAACCAGACUCUUCCGAACCAACCAACAGAUCUGCUGUCUGCGCCGUCUCCGUGCGAACAAUCAACGAGUUCUUCAACAAGAUUGUCGACAAGCAGAACAUGAAAUGUCUCCAGCACUUUUACGGGAAAGAGAGCAAAUACUGCUUAAACAGGGCUUUUUCAAGAAAUGCUUCAUACUGCAGAGCACAAGAUGAUGAAUAUCGCUUAGAAGUUACGACUCCUUUGCAGAGGGUUGACUUGUUCAUGGGCCAGUUCAACACUGUCCUGUUAACUUCGAUAUCUGUCUUCACCAAAGGGAACCUUACCGUUGCUAAUCUGGGAACUUCGGAGGGCCGCUUCAUGCAGAUAGUGGUUUCCCGUUCAGAACGCACAGCUCCACAUGUCAGCUUUCAGCUAGACUCCCACCCCGUCUCUCCCCAAGUUGUUGUCGAGAAUUCAUUAGCAGAUGAUGGCUAUACCCUGGUAGUGACUGGGAAAAAGAUAACGAAGAUCCCGCUGAAGGGGCCGGGCUGCCAUCACUUCAGGUCCUGCAGCCAGUGCCUGCUGGCACCUCCCUUCAUGCAGUGUGGCUGGUGCCGCCAGCAGUGCCUCAGGUCCCCCGAGUGCCCUGGCGGCACCUGGACCCGGGAGACCUGCUUGCCUAGGGUGUACGAGAUUUUCCCGAGCAGCGCUCCCUUAGAAGGCGGGACAAAACUGACACUGUGUGGAUGGGACUUUGGAUUCAGCAAAAAUAAUAGAUUUGAAUUAAAAAAUACAGUAGUCCAUAUCGGAGGACAAAUUUGUGCUCUGGAAGCAAAAUCUAGCAACAAAAACAAGCUGGAAUGCACAGUUCCUGCUGCAAAAAAUCCAAGUUUUAAUAUAUCCAGUAGUGUUUCUGUUGGACAUGACAAAACACUAUUCAAUACAUUUUCGUACGUGAAUCCUGUAAUAACAAGUAUCUCUCCCACCUAUGGCCCCAAAUCUGGAGGAACAUUACUAACUGUGGCUGGAAAAUACCUAAACAGUGGAAAAUCCAGAAGGAUUUUUGUUGGUGAGAAACCAUGCACCUUGAAAAGCAUAUCAAUGAGCACUGUGGAGUGCUACACCCCGGCACAACGAAUUCCCCAGGAAUAUCGUGUGAAGGUGGGAAUCGACGAAGCUAUUCGAGACGCGAGCGGUCAUUUCACAUACAGAGAAGACCCCGUUGUUUUAAAAAUUCAUCCGGCCAAAUCUUUUCUUAGUGGUGGAAGUACAAUCACAGCUCAGGGAAUCAACUUGAACUCAGUGUGCUUUCCUCAGAUGGUGAUUACUGUACCUAAACUGGGAAUGAACUUCUCUGUGGCAUGUAGCCACCGCUCUAGCUCAGAGAUAAUCUGCUGUACAACUCCUUCACUGAAAGCCUUCAAUCUUCAACCACCCUUUGUAACCAAAGUGUUCUUUAUUUUUGAUGGUGUCAGCUCUUUGUACUUUGAUUUUGAUUAUGUAAAUAAUCCUGUAUUUAAGCAUUUUGAAAAGCCAGUGUUCAUCUCAAGAGGCAACCAAAAUGUUCUGGAAAUUAAGGUAAGAAAUGUUGAUAUAAGUUUUUGA